UUCAGUGUUACGGCCGGUUCACACAUGUCUCCGUUUUACUGUUCCGUUUAUCGUGUACGUUUUUUUUUCGUCGAUGGCGUAUGUAGUUGUAUGAGCGACUUCACACAUGGCACAGUAUUCUGUAUACAGUAAAAAAUAUCGUUCCGUAAAAAAAUGACAUUCCGUUUUGUCAUCGAAUACUGGACGCCGGAACAGUAAAAAUAUACGGAUACGUAGAAUUUUAACGGAUUGAUACUGUGUGCGUGGCGGGCGGUGUGUGCGGGGUGUAGGAGGGGGAGUGAUGCGAGUUGUUUGACUAUUUUCCAUUGUACAUUCCUAGAGAACGCGCGCGUCCAUUGUGUGUAAUAAUUAUUAUAAUCACUGAUCAACCAUGUCAACCAAGGAGUGGGAAAAGUUAAUAGACAAGGAAAUGUUAAUUAGUUUGGUGGAAGAUAGGCCAGUCCUUUGGGACAAGACGCUGGAUAAAUACAAAGACAAUACUGCAAGUAUUGCAGGUUGGCGAGAAAUAUGCAUUAUUCUAAUGGAGGAUUUUGAGGCUAUGGAACAAAGACAAAGACAAGAGUUCGGAAAACUUGUUAUGAAAAAGUGGAGACAGAUGAGAGAUGCCUGGGUGAGAACACUAAAAGAUAAAAAGAAUUGCAAGACGUCUGGUUCCGCUGUCUCAAACACGAAGCCCUACAAAUACCAUAAUCAGAUGCUGUUUUUGAAAAAAGUAGUUGCUGCUGGUGAAACGCACGAAAGCGUCUCUGCUAAACAAACUAAUGAACACAUCGAAGAUGACACCACGACAUCGAAUGAACCUACAAACGAAGAUGACAGUGUUACUGCAAUGACACAACUUGACAAUGACAGUCAAAAGGACAAACAAAAUCUAGCCCCCCCGCCAAAACGCAGAGCACCAGCCAAAAGAAAUUUUAAUGAAAUUGAUGCCAAAAUGAUGUCCUACAUUGACUAUCAGAUAAAACCGAAGAAAAUUGAGCAGGAUGAUCGCAAUUUAUCGUUCUUCAAAGGUAUUUUGCCGUCCUUGGCUUUGCUUGAUGAUGACCAAACUUUGGAAUUCCAGUCAGGGGUGUUAAACCUAUUACAAAAUAUUAAACGUAGAAGAGUUGGCUAGUCAACUUAUGACUGG